UAUGAUGCCUUCACACACCAUCGUGUUUGUUUAUAUGUUGAUAAACAUCAACAUUGUUGUAUACUGUAUUCCAAUGUGCAAUGUCUGCGGCGAGAAUACGGAAUGUGUGAUAAACAGGACGUAUGUGCAAAGUGAUCAGCCUUAUGUCCAUUUAGUUUGGAGUCGUAAUUCUACACCAAUUACCGAAUGCUUCAUUAAUGGAGAAUAUGUCUGUAAAGUUUACCCACAAUAUAGACAUAAUGUAGCGACUGAUAUAUUUUUUGAAGCCGAUCGGUUUCAUUUCAGUAUCAAAUUGGUAAACUUAAGUCGAAAUUUGAGUAGCAUUUUGUCGUCCGAGGGAGUUUGGGAACUAUUCGAACAGAAAAAUAACAGCGAAAAGCAGCUCCAAUAUUCUUGUAUGCUAAACAUAUACAGUCAAUUAAACAUAGAUAGCUGUUACUACAAGCCCAAGAAGGAAGGAUUGCUGAUAUCAUGUACAACAACACCGUCUUAUCCGAAAAGCAUUUGCAAGUUUCAAGCAAGACUUAACGCGUAUCCUAUAAACGAACUUCAAAGCACAGCAUACCAUUAUACGACAGUGAAGACGAAUCCUAUUUAUUACAAAACGGAAUGUUUUGUUUUAAUACCAACCUUAGAUUUGCUUCCGGGAAUGUAUGAGUAUGAUGUAGAAAUAUUUCAAGCUAUCGGUGAAGUAAACGAAAUCAACAAAAUUGCUAUAAAAAACAAAACAUUAAUAAUCGAAUUCCCAAAAAUUGACUUUGAAAACUGUCCGAAAACUAUCACAAAAGGACAAUACAUUCACUGUGUUUGCAAAAAGACAGACGACAGCCAAGUAAACACAACUUUAGCCUGGUAUAUAAACAACACGGUACAUACAUCAACAUCCCUUCAAAGAGCUGUCCUCCUCUCUAUCCAAGUAUAUUAUAAUAACUCAGAAUUUGUUUGCGCAGCUACAAAUGAUUUUGGAUGGAAAGUUGUGGAAAAAUACAAACCAAUUACACGGGAAGAUAAUAGCAUCAACUGCGUUCAAGAGAAGCCCAACAUUUGUGGAAGAAACUGCUACACUAACGAAGAGUUUUGUCACCAUGAAAAAGUGUAUCAUUGUCAAAAUGCAUCCGACGUUAUUGAAAAUAUACAAGAAUGGUGUAAAACUCAACCUAAUUUAUGUAACAAACUUUGUAUAUCCCUUAACAAAACAACAUAUUAUAAAGGAAACAGUAAUAGUAUUGAUGAGAAGACAAUUUUAUUUUUAGUAAUAACCGUUUUUCUAGUAAUAUGUCUGGGUGUUCUAAUCGGCUGUUGUUUGAAUAGACGACGUUGCUUCAGAUCGACAAAAAAACAGGAAAAUAUGAACGUCAAUGGUUCAAAUGGUGACUCGCAAGAUCAGCCUCUUGAAAAUACGUCAAUCAAUAACUCUACUCAAAAUGCAAGGAAAAAGAAUGUAGCUGAUGAAAAUGGUUCUGAAGAUGAAUAUUCAGAGAAAGGUUCUCUUCUAGAAGGUAACCUGCAGGAUUCGCAACAAAAUGGUCAUGUCAAAAGUGAUAAAUCGACUUCUUUGAAUACAAAGCGUUUCAUAACUUCUAACAAUAACAAAAGAAUCCCCGUUUUGCAAAAAUUUCAAGAAUACAGUCAAGACACAAAAGACCGAUCGGCGUCAAGUACUUCGCAGGAUGCAUACCCAGAGAAAUCUGAAUCAUCUAAAGACUGUGAGAGUUCCUGAUUACAUAACGCACCACAAGAAGCUUUCAAUUUUUAGGAGGUGAUACAUAAAACAGAGGUGACAAAGUUAGUGGCUCCAGUAUGUGAUCUUAUUGAUAGUAAAAUUUCAUAAUAUACUUUAAUUACGAUUGAUAAAAAAGAAAAUGUUGUUUCAUACGUAUAUACACUUUUGUAUACGCCUACUGUCUUUAUUUAGUUUGGCUUACUUCCCGGUAUUAUUACUAAACUAUAAACCGCUAAACUAUAGUACCAAAUAUGAUACACUGUUAUGUUUAAAAUUUUAUUUGCUUUAGCACUGCUAUUGAGAUCAAUGGUAAUCUAUAAGCUAAACAAAUGUUUUCUUUUUUAGUAACAUAUUUCACAUGUUUUACAUUUUAAGUAUUGUAACAAUUUUAUGACUAACAACAAAAUCCACUUAGGUUGUAAGAGAUGUGCCAAAAAAACAAUUCUGAAACAAGUACCUGACAACUUUCCUUUUGGUAUAAUUAUUGAAGUCCAGUUUAGUUGCAUUAUUCAUUUAUUUAUCACUUGUGGCCCCUGGGAGCAAAUACUGCUUGUCUAUGUAACCCUCCUCGUCUCCAAGCAAUAUAUAUUGGUAUUAAAGAUUCUUAUCUCUGAGUUAAAGGCAUAUCUAGCCCUGUUUAUAAGGCUGUUUAUGUCCUCGUCUGCUCCCCCGUCCUUGUUGAUCACGCUUCCCAGAUGUGUGAAUGUGUUUGUUUCUCGUAAAUCUUCUCCAUUUAGCUGUAUGAACAGGCCCUUAUCCCUUCUGAUGCUGAUUACCUAUGCUUUACAUGUAAAUCAAAUAUGCUAAUAAUAUUUUGUAAUAUAUUUAUUUUAAUUAGUUGGCACAUUUGAUUUAGAAUUUUUGUGUCGAUUAUGUUGAAUAAUAUAAAGUAAAUUUCUUUUUUUUUCUUUUUAUUUAAGUAAGUUUAAUUGAGGACUUCCACUUCUGGACAUGUUGACAUUUUCUAAUGGAUUUAAAUGUAAUUGAAUUUUCUAGGUUAAUUAAUUUGUUAAAUUAAAUAUGUUAUAUUAUGUUACCUCUUAAUAGUAUAUUACUAGCCGUCCCGGCCAGGCCCUGCACUGGCAUCUCUGAAAAACGUAUCUGUUAAGGACCAUUGUUAGGAUUGUUACAUAUAAGUAUUUACGUAGAUUUAGAGUAGCGUCCCUUUUGUUUACAUGUUUUCAUUAACAUUCAAGCUAUAGUCUAUUUUAGUAUAUUCAGAUUAAAGAAUGUAAAUAAAUAGUACACACACAUUUUGUAGCAUAGGAACGAUUGGGAGGGAAGUGACAUAGAGCGCAGAAAACUUAGAUGUUAGGUGGGGUAUAAAAGGUGGGGUUAGGAAUAUUAGGGGG